AGGUUGAACUUUUGCCGACGUGACAAUGGAACGAAAAAAAAAGUUCUGUUCGUGUCGGCUGGCACCUUACCAAGAAACAGGAAGAGUGAGGUGGUGCGUGGGACACGAGAAGGACUGGCAAACCAAGCUGAAGCGGCUGGUCUUCGUACCGAUUAUCCUCCUCCCGAUCGUUAUUUUCGUCAUUUUCCUCACAAGGCACACAGGCACUGAAACCGCUGCCGACAACGCCAUUUCGAUGAACAAAUUCGACCAGAACGAACUGCUGGAAGACGAAGACAGAAGAGACGUCUUGAAGGAUGCCAAAACGUCGUAUGUUCCAGAUGUUUUGAAUAACAAUAGCACCACCAACGGACGAAGAAAGAGGGAAGUCACUCUUCAUCAACAGAAUUACACCGAUUACGAUACAGACAACGAAUUUAAUAUCACUGAUUAUUUUCAAAAUUUUGAGUCAAACACCCUACAGUGGACAUUGUCCCUUCCAACCAAGCAGGAUGGAAACGGACUGGAACCCACACUGGAAGAAAGUCCAGAGAUUCCCGACGAAAGCACCUUAUUCUGGAAGAGCAAACUCGACUACUAUCAAAUCAGAGAGCUUCAAGCCACCACAAUGAAAAAAUACAUGAACAUUUCGUCCGACCCUUGUGACGACUUCUACGAAUUUGCUUGCGGUAACUGGAAUAAGUAUCAUAGUAUUCCAGCGGAUAGAACAUCGUAUGACACUUUUGAGAUGCUGAGAGAGAAUCUGGAUAUAGUAUUAAAAAAUUUAUUAUCGGAACCAAUUGAUGACGAGGAAGUUCACUACAUGAACACCACAUUUUUCAACCGUACUAUGAAAGCGACCACGAAAGCCAAGUUCUUCUACAAAUCUUGCAUGAACGAGGAAAGACUGAAGCAAAGGGGUGAAAAGCCGUUAAUGAAAUUACUUGAUGACUUGGGCGGGUGGCCAAUUAUUCAGCCAGAUUGGGACGAUACGAGUUUUCAAGUGGAGGAAUUGAUGGCUAAUUUGAAAUUAUACAACAACGAUAUUUUGAUAAUGGAGUGGAUAGGGCCUGAUAUAAUUAAUUCGAAAAAUUACAUCAUUCAGAUCGAUCAAACCAGUUUGGGUUUACCUGGAAGAAGUUACUUUCUGGACCCUUCGUACUCUAAAUAUUUGGAUGCAUAUAAAGCGUUUAUUCUAGCCGUUUCAACGAUUCUGGGGGCCCCACUAACCGAAGCGGUUGAAGAUGUUAACGAUUUGAUCAACUUUGAAACGAAAUUGGCAACUAUCAUGGUUCCUAGCGAAAAUAGGCGCAACGUUACAGAUUUAUACCUCAAAACGAACAUAGGGGCACUUAGAAACUACUUUCCUCAGUUUGAUUGGGUACACUACUUUCGUAUAGUCUUGGGACGGGACGUAGAUCUAGAAGAACCCAUUGCGUGUUACUGUAUGGAUUAUCUAUACAAGUUGUUUGACAUUUUGAAUCAAACGCCACCAAGAACAAUUGCCAACUACCUGAUUUGGAGAUUCGUACGCCAUAGAACUAAUAACCUAGACAACCGAUUCUUAGUGGCCAAACAAAGAUUUUAUUUUGUUUUAUUUGGCCGGGAAAAAGCCCCUCCGCGGUGGCAAUUUUGUGUCUCUCAAGUUAACACCAAUAUGGGUAUGGCCUUAGGGAGUCUCUUCGUCCGAAAAUACUUCGACGAGAAUAGUAAAAAUGACACUUUAGAAAUGACGAAACACCUCCAGGAAGCUUUUCGUCUCAUUCUUAAAGAAAAUAAGUGGCUGGGGGACCACACUAAGAACUACGCCCGCAAGAAAAUCGACAAAAUGAAUUUAAAAAUUGGUUAUCCGGAUUUUUUGCUCGACGAGGAUGAGUUGAGUGAUCGCUACUACGACGUGGAUGCUCACCCUGAUUACUUUUUUGAAAAUACGCUGAGUAUAUUGCGGCAUUUGACUCGAAUCGAGCAAACAAAAAUCGGGACUGAGGUUAAUAAGACGACGUGGAGGACGGCUCCUGCGGUUGUUAAUGCUUACUAUAGCAGAAACAAGAACCAAAUCAUUUUCCCGGCUGGAAUUUUACAACCACCCUUCUAUCAUAAACAUUUUCCGAAGUCUUUAAACUUUGGGGGUAUCGGGGUAGUAAUAGGUCACGAGAUUACGCACGGGUUUGACGACAAAGGUCGGCUUUUUGACCAAUAUGGUAAUCUGCAACAAUGGUGGAAGGAGGAUUCGAUUUAUAACUUCCACCAGAGGGCAAAGUGUAUGAUAGAUCAGUACAACUCCUAUAUUAUACCGGAUGUUGAUACAUACAUGGACGGUUUCAUCACCCAGGGAGAAAACAUAGCAGAUAAUGGUGGACUUAAACAAGCAUUUAGGGCUUAUGAAAUGUGGUCGAAAUACAACCCAGAAGCCGACGAAACACUUCCUGGAAUAAACCUAACCGGGAGACAAUUAUUUUUUUUAAACUUUGCUCAAGUAUGGUGUGGUAAACAGAGGAUUGACACAGUUAAAAGUAGAUUAAAAGUUGCUGUCCACUCUCCGGGAAUUUUCAGAGUGAUUGGCACCUUGAGUAAUUCCGAGGAUUUUGCAAGGAUCUACAACUGUCCAAUCAAUAGUGGGAUGAAUCCAUCCGAAAAGUGUAGCCUAUGGUAGAAUAAUUUUUUUACAAGAAGUAACUAGUCAAUAUUUUGAUAUACAUUUAAUACUUUUGUAAAAAAUAACUUCAAUAAACUAUUUCUAAGA